AUGUUCAAAAAAGAGAUCUCUGUGGCAUAUUUUUUUCGCCUUUUUUUAUAAUAAAUAUGACAAAAUGUUAUGACAGUACAAUAAAUACGCAAAAUAUAGAUUUUCACAUAUGACGGGCAGCCUCGCACAGUUCGCCUGUCUGGCUUGGAAGUGCAAUAAAAAGGAACGAAUUUGUUGGAAAGAAUCCAUAGCAACGUCAAGUUGUUGACAAGCUCCGUGCAAUUUUACACAGGCCCCUUAAUCCAAAUCUAUAUCACGUAUGUUAUCUGCAACUCGAUCGGCAUUCAUCGUUAACACUUGCUCACCGGCGCGUUUGAUGUGCUUGCUCUGACAAGCAUGAUGUGGGGCUUCAGUCCGUCCUUUGACAUUCAAGAUGAACUUGACAACUGUCCUCCCAGCAUCCAGAAAGCCGCGACGGUCAACGUUCUCCUCGUCGGCGUUGGCGAUUUGCGCCACGUGCUCCGCACAAUCGCCCAGUCCUACCGCCACCGAUCAAACCGGCACCUCAACAUGCACGUCCUCGAGUCCUCGCUGGAAGCGACGGCGCGCCAACUUUUGCUGCUGAAUUUGGCUCUAGAGCCGGCCGACGUGCUGAACCCGCUGCAGAAGGCGCGGAUGUUCCUGGAGAUCCACGGCAACACCCUGGUGCGGCCCAACACGCAGCAGUACAUUCGGCAAAAGGCCAGCCAGCUCAUCUACAUGGUGACCGACCACAUUUACUUGAAAAACAGACUGCCCAUGGUGUCGUUGGAGAAUUUAAAGUACAAAGAGAAGGACUGCAUGGAGGCGACGUACAAGUUCUGGAAAAACAGCACCAUCGACUACUUUGACAUCACCAAACUGUGGGACCUCAGGCUCAGGGCGCACCUCGGGCAAAGGUACGAUUCGCGGGACAACGUUUUCGACUGGGACUACCACAUGAAGCUGAGCUACAGCGCCGAGCACGGCCUGCCAGUCACCCAUCAGGAAUAUUUGAACUGGAGACAAACGGGGGUGGCCUUCAGGUGGAUGAAUUCAGCCGAGUGCACCGACGUCAAUUUGACAAUGGCCACCGGGGUCGUCAGCGAACCAAACCAGCGGCCGACCCAGUUUUCAGGCGACAUGCUCACGGGGCCCUUCAUCAGCUUCGGCGUCGACUGCGAAGAUCCGGAAAUGCUGAAAAAGUGCAACAACAAGUUUGUGCGAACCGCCACUGAAGUUUCGGAGCACAACGUCACCAGACUCAUGUACGAGCUGUCAUUCAAAAAGUCGUACGAUUUUGAAGAUGGCUUCGUUGAUGACUGGGGUGCCGUUUACAUGACGUCGCCGACGCCGUCCAGGAUGAGCUCGGCGCGAUCCAUCAGUCGAGAGGACUCGGGCUACUUUCGGUCUCCUGCCAGGGAGGAGUACAGCUCCCUGAUUGUGGAUGACAUGGAGGUAGUAUUUUUGUCUCCGACCACUUUAGACGAAGACAGGCCGAGCAGCAAAUUCCGUGGCACCUUCAACGUCAUCAUUCUCGGCCACUCUGUCGUGCCAGACAUGGUCACUCAGUCUCUUUUGUCGUUGGCCGCGGACGACGCUCUCUUUCUGAUCGAGGGCAAGAAGUACGUCGUGGGGCCGCGAAGGUGCGAUCUGAAGGAUUACAAAGAAAACUUCAUUGAGCACAUCAAGGACCUGCAACUGGACCCUUUGCCGUACACGACCGAGUACGACCCAAUCACUGACGGGAUCAUGCGCUACUUGUUCAACAGACGCAACGUUCAAUGACGUCUGGCAGGGCGCGACUUCAACGGUACAAACGAAGACUGCGCGGUGACUAUCGUGGAAAAUCAUUUUCCUUGAACUAACAAAAAUUCAAAGAGACGGUUGGACGUUUAAUGAUGCCAAUGAGUGUUAGAGAAAGUUUAAAAUGAAAUAUAGUUGAUUUGGUGUUGCAAAAAGGUGUACAAUCAAAUUAGUUUUGUCACAAAAGUAUAAAUAGUUAGAUGUUUGAUGAAAAUUUAAAAAAGGCGCAAAUAAUUUAAUGUUUAAAAUUAACUUAUAUUCUUGUGGGUCAA